UGUUACGAUUCCUUUUGGUCUCGCACCUCCAGUCGCACCUUUCCUUUGACCAGCAAAAUGGCUGCCCCCGCCCCCAUUGUCGACGGCAUUGGCAUUGCCAACCUACCCAACCAGGUUCAUCCACUCAAAAACGGGGUCUUGCACUACCCUCAAUGCUCAUUGCUGAUAGAAACACAAAAUCGUGGCGAAGCGUGGGGCUCAUUUCACGAUCAUGGUUGUCGGCGAGUCUGGCUUGGGCAAGACCACCCUCAUCAACACACUCUUUUCAACUGAGUUGUCGCCUGCCAAAAAUUAUAACAAGCGACACUACAAGCAGCUGGACAAACUCACUGAGGUCGAGAUCAUCAAGGCUGAACUUGAGGAGAAGCAGUUCAAGGUCAAGCUCACCGUCAUCGACACUCCUGGCUUUGGCGACUACGUCAACAACCGCGACUCUUGGUCCCCUAUAGUCGAGUUCAUCGACGACCAGCAUGAAGCAUACAUGCGCCAAGAGCAGCAACCGCAGCGGCAUGAGAAGACUGACCUGCGCGUCCAUGCUUGUCUUUACUUCAUCCGUCCUACUGGACACACCCUCAAACCUCUCGACAUCGAGAUCAUGAAGCGCCUGGGGACCCGUGUCAACCUCAUUCCGGUCGUCGCCAAAGCUGACACCUUGACCCAGAACGAUCUCUUUACCUUUAAGCAACGCAUUCGGGAAGUUAUUGCCGCUCAGGGCAUCCGCAUCUACACUCCGCCUGUCGAGUCUGACGACGAGAGUGCUGAGCUCGCCCGGGUGCUCCAGGACGCUAUGCCAUUCUCCAUCAUCGGAUCGACAGAAGACGUGACCACUCCAGACGGUCGCGUUGUGAAGGGUCGUGAGUAUCUUUGGGGUGUGGCCGAAGUGGAGAACGAGAAUCACUGUGAUUUCAAGAAGCUGCGGUCGCUCUUGAUUCGGACUCACAUGCUCGAUCUGAUCUCGACAACGGAGGAAUCCCACUACGAAAACUACCGUCAGCAACAGAUGGAGACUCGCAAAUUUGGAGAACCCAAAGUCAAGAAGACCGACAACCCCAAGUUCAAAGAGGAGGAAGAGCAGCUUCGCAAGCGGUUCACCGAGCAGGUCAAGUCGGAGGAGGCUCGUUUCCGACAGUGGGAGCAGCAUCUCAUUGCAGAGCGUGAUCGCCUCAAUAAGGACCUGGAGCUCGCGCAUAGCUCCAUCAAGCAGUUGGAGGCAGAGCUCGAUAACCUCCAAGUCGGAUAUGGUCGCGGGACUGGCAGGCGAUGAAAGAGAGGACAUUUGUUUCUUUUGGAUAAUUUCCCGAUUGCUACUCGUACCGAAGCUGUUUGUCUUUAUACCCAUUACGCUCGUUUGACUUUCCAUGAAUUAUCACCCUCGUGCUCGCUAUGGUACUUCUCAGUUAUACAAAGCAUCAGCAAGUCUACCUUCCUCGUACCCUAAGACGGGGUAAAAGACAGAGCUGUGCGACACUGCGGCCACGGAUGCAAGUUCCUGCAUCUUAGAUGAACAGAUGGAAUCGAGACGAUGCUGCACCAAUGCCCUAGCUACAUGCCAUGGCAGCUUGAAAUCCAUCUGGUCCAUGACAAUCUGCCCUCGAUCGUCUCGCGGGCCAUAAAUGGGUUCUCCAGCCGGGGAACACAGCACGAAAGGAGGUAACAGGUCAACAUCGAUGUCCGAUGGCGGGUUGUCCCUGAGGGUCUGACUCAGGGAGGAAAUAACACUGCCUGGAGAAACUGAUGGGUGCGGAGAUCGAACAAAGACGACAGGAGGAGACGAGUCAGAGCUAAGCUCGUCCUCUUCACUCCGAUAGCCUUCGUCGUCCUCACUUUCGUCAUGGUUCUGGUCGUCUUCCUCCUUUUCCGUCGCAGUCUCUGGGACGGGUUUAGGCUCUGCGAGAGAGUCUUCACCAACGAAGCCCCAAGUUUGAGAUGUGGGUGAACCAGUGAAUGCUUGCGAAUAGCGGAGGAAACUGGAAGCAGCAGUCUUAAGGGUCCUGAAGUCCAUAUACCACUGCUGCUGGACAAGUGUGUCUGUCGAUGUCAGCUCACGCGGGCGCCAUGGAACGAUAUCGCCCCCAUCUUUCCUUCGUCGUUCGCCAUGCUCGUCCAAAAUGAAUAUCUCCGUUGUGUCCUCCCCUACGGCACUCGUCUCCAACCUGUGCCUUAGCAAGGCCUUGAGUUCCAAAGCCAGAGGCGUCCACCGACCGAUCCCAACCUGUAUGCUCCGUAUUCGCUGUGGAAGCGGCCUGUCAAGCCCUUCGCCACCAAUCCCUCGCCCAUACCCGCUUGGGUCGCAACGAAUCCCGACAAAACCACCGCGAGCGCCGCCCAAGAGCUCAGUCAUGGUAACGACGAGGUCCAUUGCUCGAUGCAGCCGGGUUUGUCGCAUACAAGUUCCGAACGACAGCGCACUUUGGCGUUCUGGUAUGUCCACAUAGAAGGGCGUGCCUGUCGCUCGGCCCUUUAUCAGUCGCAAAUAACUGAGGGCAAGUGGCCGGGUAGCAAAGGUCGCAGUAAAAAGGGGCCUCCAGAAUGGUCGAUCGUCUAGAGUCGCCAGGUAUUCGCCUCGGCUGACAAUCGCGCGUUUUUUCUUGGAGUAGGUCACUGGCGUCGCAUGGGAAGUGUGAAGGGAAGCGGGAGAUUUGGAGCUGGUAGCUUGUUGGAAUGGACUUGUAUGCCGGGUGUCUCCCUCCACCGCGUUCGAAUUCGAGGCUGGUUCCCUUCCUAGCUCCAUCAGAACCGUGUUCAGUUCCGUUGCGCUGGUCCACCAAGCCGUUCGCCUAAGCCUCGAAGACUGAGGACCCGAAGGCCAGCGCGCGUUGUCCAUGGUGUCGAGCGUUUCACGGGGAGCGUUCUUUGAGUUGUAAUUCUUGAGCGCUGAUGAAAAGUCUUCCUCGCGACAUGCGCCGUAGAUGUACUCGGGGGCUUCUGGUCGUCCGUGACCAUACCGUACGUCGUAACGGGACUCGAGGAUAUAGACAGUGUGCGGACGGUACGCCUCUUCAGGGGGUUCCUCGUAUUUCUUGUUUCGGGUAAGAUAAGCACCACCAGGAAACCAGUUGGACGAACGCAAGUCGCCUGGUCGCGUGAAGCCGGCCAUGUAU